ACACACCUUCACUUCCGGCACAUGUUGUGCUCUGACUGAGGCAGGACUUUAGACUCCGCAGGAAGUGUGUCUGAGCAGGGAGAACUGCAGACUUACAGUAGAAGGACAUUACUGUUGGUUGUGUUUGAUCUCUUUCCUCUUCAGUAUCUCUCUCUGUCCUCAAGAACGACAGCAAUAACAGGAAGUAGGUUCUCUGUGUGAACAGCAACAGUCCCUUUUGUCUGGUGUGACGGACGGGACAGGGCUGUGACUGGGUGGAGAUCUUGGAGCCGCGCUCGCAGGAGCGCAUGUACGUGAACCUGGCCUCGGGGGAAUGUGGCUGGGAGCCCCCCCCAGGCGCCGCCGUGCGCCAGUCCGACGGCAGCCAGUGGUGGGAGCUGUUUGACAGCCACAACAACCGCUUCUACUACUACAACAGUGCCAGCCAGCAGACGGUGUGGCACCGGCCCCAGGCCUGCGACAUCGUGCCCCUGGCCCAGCUACAGGCCAUGAAGAGGAGCUCAGAGACGGGCCUGAGCGGCCCCAUCAAGCCCCAGAGAGGGGGAGGAGAGGGCCGUCGCACACCCCUACCUAACCAGGCCUACCCCAUGCCCCCCUCCCAGGACCCUGACAGCAGCGGGAGGUCAACCCCGUCUAAGGGGCUCUGUGACAGCCUGGAGAACAGGAAAGAUACCCCCAGGGACACAGGUCAAAGAUGGCAGCCUGCUCCAGGGUCGAAGGCAGCCAUGUUAGUGAAGGUGAACAGCAUUGGCAGGAACCAGUCCGUGGUGCCCCCUAGCACCCUGCACCUCCUCCACCACAACAACCUCAGCCCUGGAAGCCCUGCUGUGUACCAGGUCCACUCCGACAGACCCAGCCCUGCAGGCAAGAUGGCUGCCCCCGUGGACCCCAAGCAAGCUUUCCACCUGAAGAAGGGAGACAAUGGUAACUUCUGCCUGGUGAUGCCCUCCACUGGCAGCAAGGUCCACCAGACCCCCCAGAGGUCUCAGGCUGGCACCCCCAGGCCCUCCUCGCCCCAGUACGGUGCCACUCCACCCAUCUAUGAUGAACCCCCCAUGGAUCCACCUAUAUAUGAUGAACCCCCCAUGGAGGUGGAGGGGGCCCACCUCCUGAACAGGCCCUUCACCCCCUCCACCAGCCUACAGAGGGUCCGCCAGCCCCAAUCGCACCCCCAGAACCAAUCCCAGCAGCAGCCCAAGCUUCUCCAAUACCCAGCUUCUCACCUGAGCUCCAAACACAAGAGAAACCCCUCCGCCACAGAUUACAGCCCCGCUGGACGGGAGUGCAUCAAACACAUGGUCAACGUGGACCCUGCCACCUGCAAACAGAGCCCCUUAUCCCAGCCUGUCCAGACAGAGCAGGGCCCUGCCCCAGAGCCUGCCCUGCCCCCCUCUCCAUCCCCCUCCCCAGCCCCAGGUGCGAUCCAGCCCAGGCCCAAGGAGGUGAGUCUAGAGAAGAAGCAGUCGUGGCGUCUCCUGGAGGCCAGCGCGAGGAAGAACAUGGAGGCCCGACACAGCCGACAGAACAGCCUGGCCUCCCAAGAGUACCCGGCACCGGCGGCUGUUACCUACCAGGACUCAGGCUACUCUACGGGGCCCUCGCCCAGCCUGAGGAGGAAGAACCGCAGGAGAGCUCUGGGCGGAGGGGCUGGGGGUGCAGGGCAGGGCCGGCCAGGCUCGGUGGGCAGCACUGGGGAGCUCAGUGCCCUGAAUGAGAAGCUGAUGGCAGAGAUGCGGGCGGUGGUGAGUCGCUCAAACACCCUGCGUGGCAGCAAGGCCAGCCUGGACACAGAGAUGUCUGAGGGGUCUGUACCACGGGCCCGUUCCCCCUUGAACUCCCUAAAGAAGCACGGGGGCCGCAGCGCCUCUCGGGAGGACAUCAGUGCCAGUAACCGCUCUCUGUAUCGGGCCGGGAGCGGGAGUAACCACGGCGACGUACCCCUCUCGCCCUUGGUGUCAGACGGCAUGGUGCGUCAGAAACGGACCUAUGAGAAGGUGGACACUCUGGAGAAAAGCAUCACCAGCCAGAACAGCCUGUCCUCCCCAGAGCCCCCCAUGUCCCCCUCCCAGGCAGGAACACUGGAAUCCAAGGCCCAGUCCGAGUCCUCAUCGCACGGGGGAGGUAAUGGUCACGGGGGCACCCGGGGUUCCCCCCAUAGAGUUAUCGUGACUGGAGACAGAGGAGAAGGUGGGGGAGUUGGAAAAGGAGGUUUGGGUUACCAGUACCCUUACACCACCCUCUGCAAACCUCCUCCAGACGCCAACAUGGUGGACUGGGCCAGUAAGAACCUGAACCAACACACUCAGGGCCUGUUCCGCCGCCGCGUCUCCAUCUCCAACAUGCUCUCCUGGAACAGGGGCUCCAUCAAGAAGCCCAUGCUGAUCACCAGCGACCGCACAGUCAAGAAGGAGGCCUGUGAGAUGUUCAAACUGGUCCAGGCCUACAUGGGGGACCGUCCAGCCCGGCUGGAGCGCCGUCACGCUGCCCUGCUGGUGGUCACUAAGUGCUGGGGCAUGCAGGGCCUGAGGGACGAGUUGUACGUCCAGCUGGUCAGACAGACCACUGACAACCUGAACCUGAGAAGCCUGGAGGCCGGCUGGGAACUCAUGGCCAUCAGCCUGGCCUUCUUCUCCCCCUCACCCAAGUUCAGACGCUACCUGGAGGGGUACAUUCAGAGACAUCUGGAGCCAUCCAACGACAAGAAGAUCAUGCAGCACAUUACGGAACAACAGGACAUGAAGAACAAGAAGAAUUCAAAGUCCCGGAAGAAGAGGAAGCAGAACAAUGAGGAGGAAGAAGAGGAGGGCCUGCCAAUCAGCACUUAUGCCAAGUACUGCUAUCGCAAGCUGCAGAAGGUCGCCGUCACUGGGGUCAAAAAGGGUCUAAGGAAGCCCACCCUGGAGGAGUUAGACCAGGGGAGGAAAGACAUUGUGACCCCCUCCCUGUUCGGCAGUGCUCUGGAGGAGAUCAUGGAGCGUCAGAGUGAGCGGUUCCCGGAGCGCAGGCUCCCCUGGGUGCAGGUGCAGCUGUCCCAGUACGUCCUGGCCCUGGGAGGGGCCCAGACAGAGGGAAUCUUCAGGGUGCCUGGAGAUAUUGACGAGGUGAAUGCACUGAAGCUGCAGGUGGAUCAGUGGAAUAUUCCAGAAAACCUUGGCGACCCCAACGUCCCAGCGUCUCUGCUGAAGCUGUGGUACAGGGAGCUGGAGGAGCCAGUCAUCCCUCAGAGCUUCUAUAAGCAGUGCAUUAGUAACUAUGAGGAUCCAGAGGCAGCGAUCAGUGUGGUGCAGUCUCUGCCUGAGCUAAGCAGGCUGGUGCUCUGCUACUUCAUACACUUCUUACAGGUGUUUGCCCAGCCCGUCAAUGUGAGUAAGACCAAGAUGGACGUGAACAACCUGGCCAUGGUGAUGGCUCCCAACUGUCUCCGCUGCCAGUCGGAUGACCCGCGCAUCAUCUUUGAGAACACACGGAAAGAGAUGUCCUUCUUACGCAUGCUCAUUGUUCACCUGGACACCAGCUUUGUCAAGGGCAUCAUCUGAGGAGGCCUCCUCUAGACCGCUCACACCACUCUCUACUGCCACCUCACCCACAACAAGCCCGCUGUUCCUUCACACAUGUCACAUGUCAACCUUCUCUCUGGUUCACUAACACCACAUUCUGAGGACUACAGACAGUGGACUGCCCGGAAAGUGACUGGACAUCAAGACAGAUUUCCUGCUCUGAAUCAUCUCGUUUGAGACUUUGGGACAAGCUCACAUGUGAUGGUAAUGGGAGACCGUUCAUCAGUUUUAAAGCACACUGCAGGACAUACUGUACAUACUAUAUGUAUCUCCCCAUGUUUCUGCUCCAAACACUGGACCGUGCUGGCGUGAGAUUCAGCAUAUGAAGAGCAGUCACAAUAGGAGACUGUGAUGCACAUUAAGCCAGAGUGCAGGGAGAAAUCAAGACAAAUCUCAUUUGUAAAUAUGGGUUUUUAAAGGAUUACUUCCUGCUAUGAGUGCCACAUACAUAUCUGACGCUAUGGUCAUGAAUUAUGUCUCGUCAUGUGUUCUGAAAUAACUAAAUGAGGGGAAACCCACUCCGUAUUAUCACCAUUCUCUUUCCUUUAUUGUAAUAGUGUAUUCAAGCAAUGUUUUCCUUCUCAUUCUAAGUUAAUUUGGAAUGCUUUUUUGUCUAAUUUAAUAUGAAUUCUGUCUGGGUUGACAGAGCUGCAGGAUGAGUUGACAAAAAAGGUUUAUGCUACUCCUGACCUCUCCACUGGCCUCAGAGACAGGUUCACUCUGGAGGUAAAAACAAAAACAUUUAUUUCUGAAUUAAAGUUUCUCUAGCAGGAAAAAUGAUUCCCAAUCAGUAAGGCAUAGAUGUGUGUACAUGUGUUAGAGAUACAGUCUUGGACUAAAAUCAUUAGGAGCAUUUCUUGUAGCACUUUCAGCUGUUUUACUCCAGACACAUACAGUGGGCUUAUUUCCCAUCUGUUCAGAGAAACACAAUUAUACCUUUGAUGGAGCUUGUAAAAAAGCAAAGUUGAGCUAUUAGCAGGUCAGGGGAAAAGAAUGCAGGAGAAAAUGAGAGUGCUGUCGCUGCCUGUAGCUAAAGCCUCACCCACGCCAACAGUUGUGAAUUUACAGUGCGAGCCAUAGGGAGGGGCCAUCUGGCAGUGGUUUGAGGGUCUGAGGUACAUUAGUGCCAUAGACUGGGAGGAAAACCAUUAAGACAAAACACAAGCUGAUUUACUAUUUUUAGACAGUGUUGCCUAACAAGGACUUUCCUAUUCCUCUAAAUAUCGUGCCUCAUGGGGGGAAGAGGGUUUCAAAUCCAUAUUUCAGCUGUCUUAACAGCCUCGCUGUCGCUGUUAUAUUUAGCAGUGUUGUCAGGGUUUGGGUUUUAGCACCCCACAUGUUUUCUCUGUGUCUACCUCAUCUUAGUGAUGGGCUCUGUGCUGCAAGGCUGUCCGUGUUUGUGGGUGUGUGCGGGUUUGUGUGCACGUGUAUGUACGUUUUUGCACAUCAGUGUGGGUGUUUGUGUAUCGACUGUACAUGUGUGUGUGUGUGUGUGUGUGUGUGUGUGUGUGUGUGUGUGUGUGUGUGUGUGUGUGUGUGUGUGUGUGUGUGUGUGUGUGUGUGUGUGUGUGUGUGUGUGUGUGUGUGUGUGUGUGUGUGUAUCAGAGAUAGAGAAGCUUGUGUUCAUACAGCACACUCUCCCUAAUUCCUGGAAGCUGGAGCCCCUAAAUUAGAGGGUGUGUUUAGCCAGAAUAAUGUAUCUGGAGGCUAGAUGGUUGUUAACCCUUUUCUGCAGUCACAGCUUUUACAGCGGCCUCCAUUUCUGCUUUACUAUUCAUCUUUUGAAAACCUAAACCCCCAGGGUUGAGUACUCCAUAGCCACAUUGGAGGAUAUACCCAGCUUUCCAUCACCUCCAGCCAGCAGGGGCAGUGCUGAGGUGGGCAGGGUGCACAGUGCUGGUAUUUCUGGGAGUGCAUCAGGGAUAUACAGUUGAAGUUUACAUACACUUAGGUUGGAGUCAUUAAAACAAAUUUUUCAACCUCUCCACACAUUUCUUGUUAACAAACUAUAGUUUUGGCAAGUCGGUUAGGACAUCUACUGUGUGCAUGACACAAGUUAUUUUUCCAACAAUUGUUUACAGACAGAUUAUUUAACUUAUAAUUUACUGUGUCACAAUUCCAGUGGGUCAGAAGUUUACAUACACUAAGUUGACUGUGCCUUUAAACAGCUUGGAAAAUUCCAGAAAAUGAUGUCAUGGCUUUAGAAGCAUCUGAUAGGCUAAUUGACAUCAUUUGAGUCAAUUGUAGGUGUAACUGUGGAUGUAUUUCAAGGCCUACCUUCAAACUCAGUGCCUCUUUGCUUGACAUCAUGGGAAAAUCAAAAGACCUCAGAAAAAAAAUUGUAGACCUCCACAAGUCUGGUUCAUCCUUGAGAGCAAUUUCCAAAUGCCUGAAGGUACAACAUUCAUCUGUACAAACAAUAAUAUUCAAGUAUUAACACCAACACCGUCAUACCGCUCAGGAAGGCGGCUCGUUCGGUCUCCUAGAGAUGAACGUACUUUGGUGCGAAAAGUGCCAAUCAAUUCCAGAACAUCAGCAAAGGACCUUGUGAAGAUGCUGGAGGAAAUCGGUACAAAAGUAUCUAUAUCCACAGUAAAACGAGUCCUGUAUCGACAUAGCCUGAAAGGCAGCUCAGCAAGGAAGAAGCCACUGCUUCAAAACCACUAUAAAAAUAGCCAGACUAUGGUUUGCAACUGCACAUGGGGAAAAGAUCGUACUUUUUGAAGAAAUGUCCUCGGGUCUGAUUAGACAAAAAUAGAACUGUUUAGCCAUGAUGACCAUCGUUAUGUUUGGAGGAAAAAGGGGGAGGCUUGCAAGCUGAAGAACAACAUCCCAACCGUGAAGCACGGGGGUGGCAGCAUCAUGUUGUAGGGGUGCUUUUCUGCAGGAGGGACUGGUGCACUUCACAAAAUAGAUGGCAUCAUGAGGGAGAAAAGGAUAUAUUGAAGCAACAUCUCAAGACAUCAGUCAGGAAGUUAAAGCUUGGUCGUAAAUGGGUCUUCCAAAUGGACAAUGACCCCAAGCAUACUUCCAAAGUUGAAGCAAAAUGGCUGAAGGACAACAAAGUCAAGGUAUUGGAGUGUCCAUCACAAAGCCCUGACCUCAAACCUAGAGAGAAUUUGUGGGCAGAACUGAAAAAGUGUGUGCGAGCAAGGAGGCCUAGAAACCUGAACUCUGUCAGGAGGAAUGGGCCAAAAUUCACCCAACUUAUUAUGGGAAGCUUGUGGAAGGCUACCCGAAACGUUUGACGCAAGUUAAACAGUUUAAAGGCAAUGCUACCAAAUACUAAUUGAGUGUAUGUAAACUUCUGACCCACUGGGAAUGUGAUGAAAGAAAUAAAAGCUGAAAUAAAUCAUUUUAUCUACUAUUAUUCUGACAUUUCACAUUCUUAAAAUAAAGUGGUGAUCCUAACUGACCUAAGACAGGGAAUUUUUACUAGGAUUAAAUGUCAGGAAUUGUGAAAAACUGAGUUUAAAUGUAUUUGGCUAAGGUGUAUGUAAACUUCCGACUUCAAUUGUAUGCUGAGCAUGCAGAACAAGGAGGAAGAUGUCAUGGACAGAGCCCAUACUCUUACGCACUGAACUCCCAAAGCUCUGGUUUAACUCGUCUCCAUCAUAUGCUCUUCUGUGGAUGACGGCUGUACAUAUUCAGUUUGAUAUGUGAAUAGCAGUAUGGUCUUUGGUCACUGAUUGUUCAAACCAAUUAGUUAUAACAUGAUUCAACCAUAUUGUUAAAAAAUAUCAACCUAAUGUUCCAUUCUACAGUAAUGUCAUUAUUCUCUUCAUUUGACUUAAAUGCUCGUGGUGCAACUCAUCAGUGUCAUUUUUCAAUUUGAUAAAUAGCCUAACCUUUGACACAAUCUUUUUUCGUCCUUGGAAUGAGUGUUGAUAGUGGUUGUUGAGAUGAUAGAAUAACUUAGGUGUGUGAUGUUUACACUGUGUGUGGUUACAGUUACAACAUGUGUGUGCACCUCAUCCAUUGCACUUCUAUCUCUAAUCCCCGGUCCUCACAUGAUGGAUGCUAUUGACUAUUGUUGUAAAUAUGCUUGCAGGUCUUUGGGGUAUGCUGUUUGAAAAACAAUAAAAACAGCAAUGGCAAUUGUGA